CCAAGCGACUUGGCUGCCGUUACCUCGACUUAAGAAACCCUUUUCUUCUUUUCCUUCUCAAAUAUCAUUCAUUAUCUUAACUACCUAAUUUAUCAUCUUCAAGACAUAAGGUAAACUGGCUAGGUAGUCAAUAAAAUAAAACUAUGCCUUUUCAGUUUAUACUCCCCACUACAAAACGCUUCUUUUUCUCCUCGACUAUCGCCUGCGAGUCGCACCCCUCCCUGCCUCUCAAUGCGAGCACACAUCGUGGGGUUUUAGGCGACUCUUUGAAGAAGCAUAAACAAUUACCAGCUGCCUCUCAGGCGCCAAAUCUACCUUCCAUAAUCUCUAAUUUAAAUAACUAUCUUCCAUAUCUCCUCGCCAUCGACGCUGGUUUGAGUAGCAAGUCGGUUUCUGGCGAGCAUCUCAGUGUGGUUUUGACAUCUACCCCUACUAUAAAAUGGCGACCUACUUUAUCCGACUAUGCCAUACCCGGGAAAGAAACAUCUAGGGUUAAAAUACAGUCCUUAGAAUAUGAACUGUUCUUCAUUCUCUCGACCUUAGGGUAUACUAAUACUCUCCUUGCCCGCUAUACCCUACAUCCACUCUAUGUUACCUCAGGCCCGCCUCUCGGUCCGCAGGAGCGUACUAAGAUAAUUACUACGGCUACAAAAUAUCUAUUGGACGCAGCCUCGGCGCAUGACUAUGUUGCUCGCCGAGCCGAGAGUCUUACCACUAUCCCCCCUUGUCCUGAUAUAUCCCAGUCCGCCGCCCGCGCCAUGUCUUUACUUGCCCUAGCCGAGGCCACCUUACUUGCAGUCCUUAAGGAUGAUCCAUAUCCAGCUGCCGUUGCCCAAGACCGAAAUGAAAACGACCGAGAGUGGAUGUAUAAGGCGCCUGAGAUACCCAAAGUUCGGGCUCACUUAUUUGCUCGGCUCUGUCUCGCGGCUGCGGAUCACGCAGCUCAAGCAUCUUCAUUAUCCAAGUCACCCGGAAGAGGAUCCUCAAAACUUAACGAAGGGUUACUACGAUAUCUAGAGGACUUCCGGAAGACUAGCCGCGCAAAGGCAUGUCGGUUUUUCGCUAUCGAUGCUGAACUAUCAGGUCAAACCGGCAACGCGCUAGGCUGGCUGCGGUGCGGCCUUCAAGAACUCGGCAUCGAGCACAAGGAGACCAAAAAGGGCCUAAGCCUUAGCCGCAUGAAGAAGGAUUGGACUGAGAAGAGGGAGGACAAGAAAAUCGAAAGGGGUACUAACUGGGGCACGGACGCUGGGAAACUAGAGGAGACACGCGUGAUCGAGAUGCUGGAUGCGAAAUGGACCAAAAUCAACGAUACCAUGCUCACACAAGCCAUCCCGUCGCCGGGGACGUUGUUAGCCAAUCUCCCAUCCGGAAGGGAUAUGCAUACGAUUAAACCAUACCAACCCCCGGAGCUUUCCAGGGAUUCUCUAGAAAGUAUGCGGGCACCGCCGGACGGACCGGACAACUACCAAGGCGUCGAGCUUAGUUCGGAUGACGAGGAGGGGACUGCCGUCGCGUCGCCGGUUGGCGCAUUCCCGGGCACCCAUGAAGAAUAUCGGAGUGCGAGUACGAGGUCGUAUUACUAGCCCCGGGGGUUUUCUCUAUGCUAGGAAUUUAACCAUGGCAGUGAACCGAAACAAAGUCCCGAACUAGGCCAUCAUAUUUUUCUACCUAGUGAUACUCCCCGGACUGCGGAAAGGGGUACAGGAGGCACUAAAUAAAGUCUCAGAUAUUUCGAGACUCUUAGGUCAUAUUGCGAAGUGAAAUCGAGAGUACAAACGUAAGCUCCUAAGCACGGCUGACAAU